AUGUCCGAGCUCAAGGCACGCAAAUGGAACCUCAGCAAUCAGAAUGGACUUGCACACCACAUUUUGCAAACAGGUCCUGACAAACAACGGAUGACGCUUUCGUGGCACGAAAUACCAGAAUGGCAGAGGGAUAACGAGUACAUUUUAACGGGCUACAGACGAGUGCAGAACGGCUGGUCAGGUUGUAUUGCAUCUAUCUACAGUUAUCCUCAUAACGAAACUGUCAACAUCCUCAGCCAUCUGGUUGGCGCUGUGGUUUUCUUCUGGAUUCUGAUGACAUUCCGCGGGCAAUAUAUCCUGGCGUACAGCACUACCACUUGGCUGGAUACUUCUGUCUUUGCUAUAUUUCUACUCUCUGCAGUGUUCUGCCUCACUGCGAGUGCUAUGUUCCACACUGCCACUUGCCAUUCGGCACAGGUGUCGACCCAGUGCCAUGCACUAGACUAUACAGGGAUCGUCACCCUCACCGUCGGAUCUUUUGUGCCAUGCCUUUACUAUGGGUUCUAUUGUGAACCAGCCUUGCAAGCCUGCUAUCUAUGUUCCAUCGCACUAGUUGGCGCAGGAACCGCAUAUAUCGUUUUAAACCCUGAAUAUGCAAAGCCUACACAUCGAGGUACACGUACCGGUGUCUUCAUUGGUCUAGGAUUGUCUGCUGUGGUCCCAGUUGCUCACUUAUUGGUAUCGCAUGGAGCAUCGAAGCUAUUUUCCGAGAUGGGUUUUGGUUGGCUGCUCGCAUCAGGCGGAUUAUACAUUACGGGCGCGUUGAUUUACGCCAAUCGCAUGCCCGAACGUCUAGCCCCAGGGAAAUUCGACUUACUUUUCGCAUCACAUCAAAUAUUUCACUUCUGUGUGGUUCUUGCCGCUCUGGCUCACUGGAUGUGUGUAUUGACUGCAUUCGAUCAUUGGCAUUCUGGCUUAGAUGGACGCAAAUUGUGA